UUCCUCCUCCUCCUCCUCCUCCUCACCGGCUCUGCCUUCUCCACCUCCCGUCGCUCUCAGUCCUCGCCGUAACCGAGCCCCGGCUGCUACCGAACACUCGCUCGGUGGCAGAGACCCCCCACCCUCCCUGGCAGCCCCCUUGACACUCGCUCAAGGCCAUGGACCCCAAGGACCGUAAGAAGAUCCAGUUCUCGGUGCCGGCCCCCCCCAGCCAGCUGGACCCCCGCGCCGUCGAGAUGAUCCGCCGACGGAGACCCACGCCAGCCAUGCUGUUCCAGCUCUCCGAGCACUCCUCCCCAGAGGAUGAGUCCUUGCCCUACCAGCGUGAGGGCUGCCUGCUCAAACCAAAGAGGACCAACCCGUGUGCCUACACCCCGCCCUCGCUCAAAGCGGUGCAGCGCAUCGUGCAGUCCCACAUGGAGGGUGGCCUGGCCGGGGGUGACAGCUCUGACGGGGAGGCCGAUGACGGGGACCACGAGCUGGCCCACGCCUGUGACCCUGACAGUGCCCUCGAGCCUGCCCCCGGGAGCCAGGGCAGGGAGAGGAGCUACUUCCCCGCUGGCCCCAGGGCACACAAGCGGAAAGGUGGGCAGAAGGUGUCCUUUGCGGGUGGCUUUGAGGAGCGCGAGGAGGACCUGAAGUCCCUGACGGUGUCGGAGAUUCCCGAGGACCCCGAGGGCGCGGAGGGUGACGAGGAGGAGCCGGGCCGGGAGCCGGAGGACAGCGGCACCGGGGAGCGGCGACACGUGGGCUUUGCGGAGGUGCCCUCACGCCCCAUCGGUACCGAGCGCCACUCGCCCACCUUCCCGCUGGGCACCAGUUAGCCACCCCCGGCCACCGGCCACCGGCUAUCCCCGGCCACAGCAGCUUCGCCCGUGUCCCCGAGCCCCGGCUGUCCCCUCGCCUGCUGCCUGCGCUUCGUGUCCCGUGCCGUGCCGUGCUGUGCCGUGCUGUGUCACGCCACGCCAUGUCGGGACCCCCCAGACGGCCAUGGCCACCCCGCUUCAGUGCCGGGGGUCCUGUUCCCCUCGGCUGCCGGGGCCGGAGUGGGGUCGGGACCCCCGAGUGCUGGGGUCUGGGGUCCCGCUCCAGGCUCCUUCUCCCCCCAACCCUCCCGUGGA